UAAUGAGAUAUUCUACUAUGAGGUAAACAGGGCGUCAAUUCGUUGCUUCCGCAAUUCAGUAACUCAUUUUGUAAAGAGAUUGCCACAACAGUCAUCGUGGAAUAAUUAGCCUCACAGCAACAAAGUGUAUGUAAUGAGUGCGCCACUGGCACGUCAGCGCAUGCGCACCUGUAAAGAAAAUUGACAAGUGAUCUUGAGCCGUCCACUGCAGAAGAGGAAAAUGGACCAGUGUCGGGGGACUCUAGUGCUCAUUCUUUGUUUGUUUUAUUCCGGAGCCGACGGUCUUAAUAUAUCUUUGGAACACCCUUGGAACGCGUCUUUAAUCUUCGAGACGGGGGCCACCGCCAGUAUUGCGUGCUCCUAUACCCUCGACACCACCGAGUAUCCGUUGAGUCUUGAAUGGUACAGAGUCCCCAAAUGGAAGGCAGAUGUCGUUCCAGAGAAACUGUACAGGUUUUCCUUCAUAAGUGAUCGAGAGUACAAAUUUGCUGAAUUCGACACCCGCCCGGGUGUUAUUAUUUUGAAUGACCGGGAUGCUAACAGAAACACCUUAUCCAUAUCAUCUCUGAGAGCCACAGACGACGGAGACUACACGUGCACUCUGACCCUUGACUCUUCAUCUUCAGAAACCAGCUCUCCCGCAGUCAUAGUCGUCAACGUUACCCCGCAACUACAGGAGCCCCAAGCAAGCAUACUGUCGGAAUCUACUUACCGUCUUAACUGCACAGCUUCCGGUGGUCGGCCAGCACCUAGUAUCACGUGGUAUCGGGAUGGGGUGUCGCUAAACGUCAGUUCUAACAACAGCAAUGUGGUGACAUCACAGACAGAUGGCUUGUUCACAGUUGAAAGCAUGAUCGACGUCACAGAGACCACUGACGUCACGUACACGUGUUCUAUGAACCACGUGACCUUAACUACAGCGACAAAUAUGAGUAUAAACCCUCGAGCAGCUGCAGAACCUACCGUUUCUCCAGAACCGGAACCGGAACCGGAACCAGAGGGCGUGGUUAAUGUGACUUUGGCCGCAACUACAACUCCAGAUUAUUCACUAGCGAAUUUCACAUCCGGUGCCCAAGGUCCCCAGGAUCACGGCGUUUCCCGCAUAUAUAUACUGCUAUUACCUUGGACUAUUGUGGCGAUACUGACUUUCAUAGCGAUAUAAGAGCACUGACGAUGAACAAUAAAAAUUUCCCCAGGCUAUAACAAAAUUAAAUAAUAUAAUGACGAAAACGUUGGUGCUAAUAACUGUGCCUCGCUUACAGAUGGGUUAUGUCACACUCGUUUCAGACAAACCGAAAAAAAACGGUAUAAAUGCCACUAACGAUUAUAACUUGAUAGACAUUUUUUGAUUUCCCUACUCGGUCAAAAAUUGUGUGAUUGGAAUAGCGCGCUGCAGGCGCUCAGUUGAUAGCAGUCGGGCGUGAUCCAGUAAAUUGACAUUUCGUCUUACUGAUCUAGAGAACAUGGCAACACACUUGCGACAUGACCAACGUUUGAUAUGGUCCAAAUGUUUUAACUCCAUUAUCUAACUGUAUCACUAUAAUAUAAAAGACGGAGACAAUUAGGAAUGUAUAAAGCGUCACUUGCAGUUUUAAAGGAAUUAGUUUUGCCUACUGUACAUAUAUUAGUAAUUUUCACUCGAGUAUAAAACAUAUGUAACAUAUUUGUAGUCUUUUUCUGCAUAUCAUUUACGUUAAUGUUGUCUUUGAUGAAAAUAAAAAUUAAUCGAAUUCCACA